GAUUUCCUUUACUCUGCUUCAGACCAAAGCUGUCCUUCUCAACCAAAGCAAGAAAGGAUCCUGCAUGAGUCAAUCCCAGAAUGCUAUUCUUACAUCACCAACAGGUGAAGAAAACCUCAUGAAUAUCGAUCACAGAGACUCAGAGAGCAUCACUGAUGUCUGCUCCAAUGAGGAUCUCCCUGAAGUUGAGCUGGUGAGUUUGCUGGAAGAACAGCUACCCCAGUAUAAGCUGAGAGUGGACUCUCUCUUCCUGUAUGAAAAUCAAGACUGGACUCGUUCCCCACACCAGCAGCAACAUGCAUCUGAUGCCCUCUCUCCAGUCCUCGCUGAAGAGACUUUCCGUUAUAUGAUUCUAGGCACAGACAGGGUGGAGCAGAUGACCAAAACUUACAAUGACAUCGACAUGGUUACACAUCUUCUGGCAGAGAGGGAUCGUGAUCUGGAGCUAGCUGCUCGAAUUGGACAGGCUCUCUUAAAGCGGAACCAUGUCUUGUCUGAGCAAAAUGAAGCCCUGGAGGAGCAACUGGGACAAGCCUUUGAUCAAGUUAAUCAGCUGCAGCAUGAGCUGUCCAAGAAAGAUGAGUUACUUCGAAUUGUCUCCAUUGCUUCUGAAGAGAGUGAGACUGAUUCCAGCUGUUCUACUCCUCUUCGGUUCAAUGAGUCCUUUAGCUUAUCUCAAGGUUUGCUGCAGCUGGACAUGCUGCAGGAAAAGCUCAAGGAACUGGAAGAAGAGAAUAUGGCUCUUCGAUCCAAGGCUUGUCACAUAAAGACAGAAACCAUUACCUAUGAAGAGAAGGAACAACAGCUUGUCAGUGACUGUGUUAAAGAACUUCGUGAAACAAAUGCUGAGAUGUCCAGAAUGACUGAAGAAUUGUCUGGGAAGAGUGAUGAACUGAUUCGAUACCAAGAAGAGAUCUCCUCUCUCUUGUCUCAGAUUGUAGAUCUUCAGCACAAACUUAAAGAGCAUGUGAUUGAGAAGGAAGAACUGAGACUUCAUCUACAUGCUUCCAAAGAUGCCCAAAGACAACUGACAAUGGAGCUGCAUGAGUUACAAGAGAGGAAUAUGGAGUGUCUGGGAAUGUUACAUGAAUCCCAAGAAGAAAUAAAGGAACUUCGUAGUAGAUCUGGCCCUGCUGCUCAUCUCUACUUCUCCCAGUCAUGUGGAGGUUUUUCUGGGGAAUCCCUGGCAGCCGAGAUUGAGGGGACCAUGCGUAAGAAGCUGAGUUUGGAUGAGGAAUCUUCUCUCUUUGAACAAAAAGCCCAACAGAAGCGGGUAUUUGAUACUGUCCGGGUUGCCAAUGACACGCGGGGUCGCUCUGUCCCAUUCCCAGCUCUGCUACCCAUUCCAGGCUCCAACCAUUCCAGUGUCAUCAUGACAGCAAAGCCUUUUGAGUCUGGUUUACAACAAACAGAGGACAAAACACUCCUGCACCAGGGGAGCAACUCGGAGGAGGUUCCAGGAUAUCAAGGAAAAAAUACUGUGUUUUUAAGAUCAUGAAUGUGCUUUUCCCAUAGGAAUGUUGAGAAGACGGGUCAGCCAGGACCCUCUGAAGACAGUGAUGUGGCUACAGCGCUGCAUCGCCUCAGUCUGCGGCGACAGAACUACUUAAGUGAGAAGCAGUUCUUUGCUGAAGAAUGGGAGCGGAAGAUCCAGGUUCUGGCUGACCAGAAGGAAGGGACUAGUGGCUGUGGCACCCCCACCGAGAGCCUUGCCUCUCUCUACACCGACCAGUCGGAGACCACAGACCUCAGCAGUGCCAGUUGCCUUCGAGGUUUUAUGCCUGAAAAAUUACAAAUUGUUAAGCCCCUUGAAGGAUCACAAACUCUGCACCACUGGCAGCAGCUUGCUCAACCAAAUUUAGGAACUAUUCUUGACCCACGGCCAGGUGUUAUCACUAAAGGCUGUACCCAGUUGCCCAAUGAUGCCAUCUAUCACCUCUCUGAUUUAGAAGAGGAUGAAGAGGAAGGUAUCACUUUUCAAGUUCAGCAGCCUCUUCAAAUGGAACAGAAACCUUCAAUAUCCAAGCCAGUAACAGGAAUCUUCCUCCCGCCCAUUACUUCAGCAGGUGGUCCAGUUACAGUUGCAACCUCAAACCCAGGAAAGUGUCUGUCAUGCACAAACUCGACUUACACCUUCACCACCUGUAGGAUAUUGCAUCCCUCUGAUAUCACUCAGGUUACCCCCAGCUCUGGGUUCCCUUCAUUAUCCUGUGGAAGUAGGGGUAGCAGUUCAUCAAAUACAGCGGUGAAUUCUCCUGCUAUGUCCUAUAGACUCAGCAUUGGUGAAUCCAUCACCAACCGGCGAGAUUCCACUAUCACCUUCAGUAGCACCAUGAGCUUGGCCAAACUUCUACAAGAGCGAGGCAUCUCUGCUAAAGUGUAUCACAGUCCAGUUUCAGAGAACCCCCUCCCCCAGCCUCUCCCUAAAGCCCUGGCUAUCCCUUCCACACCACCAAAUUCACCUUCUCACUCACCUUGCCCUUCUCCUUUGCCCUUUGAGCCUCGAGUGCAUCUCUCUGAAAAUUUUUUGGCCUCCCGACCAGCUGAAACAUUCCUCCAGGAGAUGUAUGGUUUGAGACCUUCCCGGAACCCUCCUGAUGUUGGACAGUUGAAGAUGAACUUAGUGGACAGGCUGAAGAGACUGGGGAUAGCCAGAGUGAUCAAGACCUCUGAUGCACGGGAAAAUGGAAGAAGCCAAGAGGCAGAAAUUGGUCUUCAAAGACCAGACUCUGCUGUUUAUUUAAAUUCAGGUAGCAAUUUAUUGAGUGGACUGAGGAGGAAUCAGAGUCUUCCAGUCAUGAUGGGUAGCUUUGGCGCCCCAGUUUGCACAUCCUCACCCAAAAUGGGUAUCCUGAAGGAGGACUAAGGUUCAGCUGUUAUCUGACCUCUUACACAAAUUAGCACAUGAAGGAUAGAUUUGCACUGAUAGAUGUAGUCUGGUUGGACUGAGAGAAAAGGAACGUUGCAGAAGGGGUUGUGAACGUGGGAAGAGGAACGUGGGAGAAUAGAAACAGAAUUGCGAUGAGGCCCUAAUGAAUGAGGUCUGAUAAACUGAAAGUAUAUAUGAAAAGGUCAUGAGUGUUUGGAGGCAGAAAAGGAAGAAAAGUUUAAUACACUCCUUCAGUUGGGUUUUCUUGUCUUGAAAAUGAAAAGUGACUAGAAAAUAAAUUCAGUAAUAUUGAAACAUACCAAAAGUACUGAACUUGCUAGCACAUUUAUUUCUGGUAAGCAUAAGCAAGGAGAACCCAGGUUAGGAGAUGGGAAGAGAAAAGGAGCAGCUUUGACGUCACCUAUGGAAAGCUGUCCUGGAGGGUUGCUGGGGAAAGCUCAGUCUGUUGCUGGGACAGUGGUGAGAUGGCUCAUAGGUUUGCCCCUCCAUCAAAUGGUGUGCUCACAGCGUUAACACAAGUUACCUUUUUCAUGAAAUCAGAAGAGUGGAGACUCCCUUUUGCUUUCUGUUUUCAGGCCUUUGAGCCACUGGCAGCCCAAAGACUACCAAAUUCCUUUUGUAUUUGUGAUUAAUUAAAAGUUCUUUUUUAAAAUUUGUAUUUUUAUAUGACAACCCCC